GCCCAUUUGGAAGAGCAGCUGGUACAGCUCACAGGAGACAAGGAGAAUAUUCUUCAAAAGGGGCAGUCGGGAAGUUACAACAAAGAAUUCUUUUUGGGACAUUGCUCGGAAGAUCAAUCUAAAGGAUAUCUGCGGUUGGCUGGAGGAGCACCUGAAACCAUCAAGAGAAUACCAGAGCUGUACAAGUAG